UCUUUGUAUCUUUAGCAACUACUACAUGGGUUCUGUUCUUUGUCGUCAAUUUCAAUCUGGGUCUCUUUGAUUUUAUGCUUUCCUUCUGAAUCUCCUUGUUCUUUCGCCUCACAUGACCAGUGUUGUUCUUGUCUGGGAUUUUUUAAUUUCCUUUUAGGAGGAUUGGAGUUUCGUGCAUUUCAGCUUUCAAGGAAUUAAUCCCUUUCUAAAGCCACUUGAUUUUGCUAGGGCAUGGCUGCCAGGGGAAAUUCAGCUGUUAAACAACAGAGAACUUCCCAGGGUUUUCGCAGAGCAUUGGCAUCGGCUAUUCUUGAAUGGUUGCUGAUAUUUUUCUUGUUCAUCGAUGCUAUAUUUUCAUAUUUAAUUACUAGAUUUGCCUGUUAUUGUGAAUUGCAAACCCCCUGUCUGCUUUGCUCAAGACUUGAUCAUGUUUUGGGCAAAAAAAAAUUAAAAUGUUAUUGGGAUUUGUUCUGCGGCAGUCAUAAGUUGGAAAUCUCAUCCUUAGGUUUCUGCCAUGUGCACAAUAAGCUUGUUGAUGUCCAUGGAAUGUGUGAAAAUUGUUUGUUCUCAUUUGCCACAGUCAACAAGUCCAACACUGAAACAUACAGGUUAUUGGUUGGUAAGUUAGGGGAGGAUUAUAGCUUUGGAUUUGAUGAGGAACCAUUGCCUCAGGGUCAUCACAACAAUAAUCAAUCAAGUGUUAAGCAUUGUUCUUGCUGCAAUGAACCAUGGAUCCCAAGAGGGUAUGCCCAGAAACUUAUACAGACUAAAUCAAUUGGGUCAGAGACUUCUGAACUUGAUUUGCCUGUAUCAGAUGCUGGUGAACAUAGCCUGCAUUACUUGAAGAAGAGAAAUGAAAAACGAUCAAUUCCAAUAAGAGCUACUCACGUGGAGAGUAGCGGGCCAGAUCCGCUGUCUCAUGUAGGAUACACAGAGCUGAAGAUUACUUCAGAUACUGAAUCUGAAGUUUUAUCUGAUGACGAUGAUGCAGAUGCUGUAAUCCAUGAAACUAGUGGUCCCAAGGAUGAUCUUGCACACAAAUGUGUGCAUUCGGAGCCUCACGUUAUUACCCUAUCACAUGAAUCAGUUUUAGAAAAAUUAAUAGAUCCCGCCAUUGCACCUGAGCCUUUAAUUCCAUUCUCACAGUUACAAUCAGAUAUCAUCCUCCCCGAUAAUGACAAAUCUGUUGCAUCUACUACCGCAGUUAGACACAGCUUGGAGGAACUUAGGGAACAGAUUGGCUUCAAGGCUGAUCCUUCUGAACUUACUGAGCUGAUUUCCCUCAAUGAUGUUCCUUCCUCAUCAAAUGCAGAAAAAACUUCUAUUGAUGUCUCAAUAGACAGUGAGCUGAUCAACCAUAAUGUCCCUCCACCAUCAAAUUUCAGGGAAUCUCUUUUUCAGGUAACCGAAGAGAUGAAGCUUAUUUCCCUUGAUGAGGUAUCUCCACCAUCCAAUGCUGAAACUCCUGUUAACGAAUCAGAGGAGACUGGGCUUAAUUAUCAUAAUGUCCCUCCACCAUCAAAUUCAAGGGAAUCUCUUGUUGAUGCAACUGAAGAGAGCAAGCUUAUUUUCCUUGAUCAGGUUCAUCUCUCAUCAGAUGCUAAAAGACCUGUUCAUUUAUCAGAGGAGAGCAAGCUUAUUUCCGCCAAUGAUGUUCCUUCUUCACCAAAGGGCAGGGAUACUCAUCCUGAAUUGUCAAAAGAUGGCAAAGUUAUUCUCCCUGAUGAUAUCCCACCAAUGUCUAAUGCUGCUCAAUCUCCUAUUGUUGUAUCAGAAGAGAGCAAGCUUAUUUCUGUCAGUAACAUCUCUUCAACUGGCAUGGAUACCCCCUCUGAAAUGUCAAAAGAUAGCAAAGUUAUUCUCCUAGAUGAUGUCCCACCAGUGUCUAAUCCUACUGAAUCUGCUGUUAAUGUAUUGGAGGAGAGCAAGAUUAUUUCUGUUGAUGAUGUUCCUUCACCAUCAAAUGGUAGGGAUACUCCUGAAGUGUCAGAAGACAGCAAGGUUAUUCUCCCUGAUGAUGUCCCACAAUUGUCCAACGAUACUGGAUCUUCUAUUGAAGCAACAAAAGAGAGCUGUGUUUCAAGAAGUGAUGAAAAUGAGGAGACAUCUAACUGCAAGGCUGGAAGUGAGCCAAAUACAUCAAAUGAACCAGUUACGGAAAGAAAUUCUGUUUCCAGCGAUACUGGUCUGCAAGCUUCCAAUUUAUUGGACCUCAGCGAUGCUUAUAAGGUAGCAGUUGGAAACCGAGGAAGACAGUUGUCUGGUCUGCUUGCUGAACAGUGGACUGGGAAGGAUUCUUCUAGACUUAGUGAAGAUCUGAAGCUCUUGUUGUCACAACUAUCUGCCACUCGAGGGUUUGAGCAGGUACUGCCUGAUAUGAGUCCUAAAGUGUCUUUCAAUAGUGAUGAUUCUAGCUCUAAUGGGAUGCAACUUCUUCAAAAGAGGAUUUCACUUGAGAGAAAUGAAUCUGGUUUUGAAUCUCUGGACGGAAGCACUGUCAGUGAAAUUGAAGGUGAAAGUGUGGUUGAUCGAUUGAAACGGCAGGUUGAGCAUGAUAAAAAAUUAUUGAGUGCUUUGUAUAGGGAGUUGGAGGAAGAAAGAAAUGCCUCAGCUGUUGCUGUAAAUCAAUCAAUGGCAAUGAUUACUAGACUGCAGGAGGAGAAGGCGUCUCUCCACAUGGAAGCCUUGCAGAACUUGAGAAUGAUGGAAGAGCAAGCUGAGUAUGACAUGGAAGCACUGCAAAAGACAAAUGACCUUCUAGCAGAGAAGGAGAAAGAGAUUCAAGAUCUAGAAGAAGAGCUUGAGUUUUAUCGAAAGAAGUUUCCAAAUGUAUAUACGGUGGAGAACAUGUUGGAGCCAACUCAUGACUGCAAGGAAAGAGAGAUCAGAAUGGAUCAUUCAAAAGAUACUUGUGGUGAAGAUAGGGCAGCUACUCUUACAAACUCAGUUAUCAAAAAUCUUGAAACAGAUAUGCCAUCUGACGAUACGAAUACAGCUGCUGUGAAGAAUUCACUGUUAGAGUUUGAAGAUGAAAGGUCCUAUAUUUUACGAAGUUUGAAAAAAUUGGAGAAGAAGCUUUAUAUGUUCUCAUAUAAUGGGCUUUGCUCAGACUUGGUUAAUGGUGAAUAUUCUGGAAAUGGAGUUAAUGUAAGUGAUUCAGAGGAUAUCAACUGUAAUGGGGUUCCUCUAGCAAACAGCAGAACAGAAUGGAGUGACUUGUCAAUGGUAAAUAAUGCAUCUGCAUCAAGAGGGAGUCCACGUGCUCAUGGACAUGUUUCCUCACAUGAAAAACCUCAGCUCACUAGUGAGGAAAAUACCGAAUUGAAUUGCAGUGGGCAAACUCCUGUCCUUUGUGGAGGGACAGAUUUAGCUUCUCUUGGUAAUGAGGUUGCUGAUCUGAAUGAGAGGUUGGAAGCACUUGAGGCAGAUCAGAACUUUCUUGAGCUCACAAUUAAAUCACUCAAAAAUGAAGAGGGAACUAGAUUCAUUCGGGAGAUAGCUUCUCACCUACAAGAAUUACGAAGGAUUGGUUUAAGAAGAGAUGAAACUUUUGCUUGAGGCUAUAUGCAUAAUCAUCUCCAAGAUUCCUGCAAUGCAUUGAUGAUCAAGAAAGAAGGUCAAAGUGUACUACAGUUAUGGCAAUGAAGACCGGUAAUUAAUUGUACAGCAUCACAGGCUUGCUUUGUUCAUAUACAAAGACUUCAAUAGGUUUUGACUUCAUAAGGUGUGCUUCCGUUUUUCAUAUUGGCUCUUUAUUUUUUUUAUUUUUUUUUUUUUGGGUUCCUUUCGCUAGGUUCCUUGUUUAUUAUACUACGGCUAACAUUCAAGCAUCAAGCGGUUGGUGAGGUAUUUUUUUUUUCCCACUUUGUAAUUUAUUUUUUUUCUUUUUUCCCUUUAAUUUGGGGAGUGAGUGAGUGAUUGUAUUGUACAAGUUCUUGUGUAAAGUCAACACUAUUCUUCAUUGGAAAGGUUGGGGAGUGAGUGAAUGAGUGAUUGCAUUGUAAAAGUUUUGUGUAAAGUCAACAAUAAAAAGGUUGAAAUCAGUUACAAUUCUGCAUACCAAUUUGAUUUGCUUCUUUAAUUGCUCAA